AUUUAAAAAGAAAACAUUGAUAAAUCUCUGCAGUGAUCAGCUGAGAAAAAACUGAGAGGAUGGCAAUGCUGUUUCUCGCGGCUCUGCUCUCUGUUUUCACGGGGUUUGUUGUGUCCGUUCCUGAUGGAUUCAAGCCGGUCGACUGUUCUGACCUUUAUAAAGCAGGACAAACAGUCAGUGGGAUUUACUCCAUCUAUCCAGCAGGUGACACUCCUGUCUGGGUUUACUGUCACAUGAUCUCAGAUGGGAAAGAUGAAGAUAAAGGAGGAUGGACGGUGUUUCAGAGGAGAAUGGACGGCAGUAUUAAUUUUUAUCAGCCGUGGAAUCAGUACAAGACAGGAUUCGGGUCCACUGAAGGCGAAUACUGGCUGGGGCUGGAGAACAUGUACCAGCUGACACGUAACAGGAAGUACAUGCUGAGAGUGGAUCUGGAGGACUUUGAAGGAAGGAAAGGUUUUGCUCUGUACUCGUCCUUCUCUGUGGAUUGUGAAAAUGAGGGGUAUAAACUGCAUGUUUCAGGAUUCAGUAAUAGAGGAGCAGGCGACUCUUUGUCCUACCACAAUGAUAUGAAGUUCUCCACCUUUGACAAAGACCAAGAUUCCGAUAAGAAGAACUGUGCCAAACAGCAUCUUGGGGCAUUUUGGUACGCAGCCUGUUACAGAACAAACCCUAACGGUGUGUAUUUAUGGGGAGAAGAUCCCACCAUUUUCGGCAUUGGAAAUGUUUGGUACCACUGGAAGAACAAUUACGCUGUUGGUUUGAAAUUCAUCAGCAUGAAGAUCAGACGCGUGUCUUAGAACUUUGAAGAAACAUUACAAAACAAAACAAUCAAAUUAAAGUUUAGUUUCUUUUCCUCUGUUAACUGUGUAACUUAGUAAAUCAUGUCAGAAUAUAUAUCACUGAUGUUUUGUAUACUCAUCAAUUAUUUUCUUCUUCUUUGUUUUGGGUCACUUCUUUAAAUUUUCAACUGAAACAAAUCAACAAUAAACUCCAGCAAUGAAAGUCA